CUAUCAAGUGGGUGUGUCCUAGGUGAGGGGGCCGCGCCGGCGGCUGUUGCAGCUGCCGGGUUUGGGGAGCGGCGGUGGGUCUGGCCGGGCGGCCCGGGGAGAACAUGGCGGUGGCGGGGUCCGGUCUGGGCCUGGCCCGGGCAGCGGAGGCGCUGGGCUCCUCCGAGCAAGCGCUGCGCCUCAUCGUCUCCAUCUUCCUGGGAUACCCUUUUGCCUUGUUCCAGCGCUAUUUCCUCUUCCAGAAGGAGGUCUACCUCAUUCACCUGUACAACACCCUAACAGGGCUCUCAAUUGCCUACUUCAACUUCGGGACACAGUUCACUCACUCCCUGCUGUGUGUCCUGAUCCAGUUCCUCAUACUGAGGCUUAUGGGCCGCACAAUAACUGCUGUCUUGACCACCUUCUGCUUUCAAAUAACAUACCUUAUGGCUGGUUAUUACUUCACUGCCACAGAGCAUUAUGACAUUAAGUGGACCAUGCCACACUGUGUCUUGACUCUCAAGCUGAUUGGCUUGGCCAUCGAUUAUUACGAUGGAGGGAAGGAUUUGGGGUCCCUGAACCCUGAGCAGAAGCGGUUUGCAGUCCAUGGAGUUCCUACCUUACUGGAGGUCUCGGGUUUCUCCUAUUUCUAUGGUGCCUUCAUGGUGGGGCCCCAGUUCUCCAUGACAGACUAUCAGAAACUGGCAAGGAGCGAGAUGACUGAUGUUCCAGGCCAAAGACCCAACAGCCUUGUGCCUGCUGGCAAGCGCCUUACCCUAGGCCUCUUCUUUCUGGUAACCUAUACCCUAGUGAGCCCAUACAUCUCUGAUGAAGACCUCAUCUCUGAUGCAUACCUGGAACAGCCUUUCUGGUUCCGAUGCUUUUACAUAUUGAUCUGGGGCAAAGUGAUACUCUACAAAUAUGUCACCUGUUGGCUUGUCACGGAAGGAGUCUGCAUCCUCGUUGGCCUUGGGUAUAAUGGCCGAGAUGAGAGUGGGAUACCACAGUGGGACGCUUGUGCCAACAUGAAGGUUUGGUUAUUCGAGACAACACCCUUCUUCACGGGGACCAUUGCUUCCUUCAACAUCAACACCAAUGCCUGGGUGGCUCGUUACAUCUUCAAACGGCUGAAGUUCUUGGGUAACAAGCUUCUGUCACAGGCAUUGGCCCUGUUCUUCCUGGCUGUGUGGCAUGGGCUGCACUCUGGCUACCUUGUGUGCUUCCAAAUGGAGUUCCUUAUAGUCAUCGUUGAAAGACAGGCAAUCACCCUAGUGCGGGACUCUCCUGUUCUGAGUGCUUGGGCCUCCAUCACUUUCCUGCAGCCUCUCUACUAUGUGCUGCAGCAAACCAUCCACUGGAUGUUCAUGGGUUACUCACUGGUGCCAUUCUGCCUUUUUACCUGGGACAAGUGGAUCAAGGUGUAUAGCUCUAUUUAUUUCCUAGGCCACAUGAUAUUCCUCACCUUACUGCUUGUGUUGCCUUACGUCCGCAGAGCAUUUGUGCCACGGAAAGAAAAGCUAAAGAAAGCAGAGUAACAGCCAAAAGUUUGUACCAUGCGUGAACCGGCACAGGUGAUGGACUCAUCCCGUGCUGAAGCAUCACCUGUCAAGUUUGCUGUGUUCAAGUUCAACUGUUCUGUCAAUGUGAUGAGGGGAACAGAGAGUACAGGGUCAGAGACCCACUAGUGAGGAGUGCAGAGGGCAAUGCCCCUCCACUUUUCACACCCUCUACAUGUUGCCUUAUCUCUCUGCUGCCCUCUGGUGGACACUCCUUUAUGCUGACUUCAAAUGAUUGUAAAGCACUAAACACCACCACUAUGUGGGGAUGGAACCACCUCUGAAUUUUCUACUUCAGUCAUCCCAGAUAAAAAUUGUUCCCUGUUUUUUUCCCCUCCCCA